AUGGAUGGCGACCAACGAAUGAGACAUCAUGAGCGAUUGAUGGCACGAUCUGGGAAUGGCUCGGCCGGUGGCCGUGCAACCGAGUCAUUCGAAUCCGCCAUGCAUCAGAUGGGGGACCCAGCAGGGAUGUCGCAGGCACCCGAUCGUGCCCCAAUGGCCUAUGAUUACGGAUACACAGGCGCUCCUUUCCACGGCGGUUCAUUGCAGUCCAAUGAGGUGCAGGACUAUCCGGACUUCGUGCGGCGGACGCCAUCGCACCUGGAGCAUCAACCUGCGCAUCCGCAAACUCUCCUCCGGCGACGCUCGCAACAGCGCCACGAGCCUUUUGUCCCAUAUGACUCGGGCAUGCUGUACAGCUUCAGUCACCCGUCGCCAGCACAAGGACCCUUCGACGUUGUUCCACAAUACUCGAGCCGGCCGUCUGCAGCAAAUGAUGGGCUGUCGAACCCAUUUUCCGUUUCACAGUAUUUCACUCCAGAAGACUCCGCCGCGACGGGGGUCGGGACCUUGACGAGCAGAUUAGAGCCAACCCAACCGGAACCGCCUCACCACGCCCCAGAGCAUGCACCUCUUGAAGAAGCGUACGCUCAGUAUCAGCAAGCCCUACGCAGCACCUUCGACCAUACGCGUGCAGGGCGAUUGGUGGAGGCCAGCCGAUCAUUACUGGAAAUUUCCGAGUGGCUUGUCACCAAUGCCCGAGAUCUUGGACUCCUGCGCGAUGACCAUCUUUCCUAUCCUGACCGCCUGGAACUCUGGAAGGACUUCAACAUCUGUUGGCUCGCUGUUGGCCAGAAACAGAAGGAUUUAACGCAGGAUUACAUUACGACGGGUCGCCCGCCGGCACAAGCAAGUCUCUUAUCCAGAGAUCGUAUGGAGGCUAUGGGCAGAGACUUGAUUCAGCUUUGCGAUCAGCUUGAGCAGCACGGCCUGGUAGACUAUCAGAUGGGGAUCUGGGAGGAAGAGAUUCUUUCAAUCCUGGGCCAGUGCCUCGAUCUCGUGGAAAGUAAACCCGAGCUGCACAUGCAAGCGGAUCGACUUAUCCGCCUCACUUCCAACCCCACCCGCCUCAUCCAAACGUCGACCAGUGUUGUCGGCCGCAGCGAAUGA